GUUUUGUGCCAGUAGUAUAUGAGUGUAUCCUCAUUGUGAGGGCAGAGCGUGUGGCAGCAGUCCUGCUUUGUUGUCAUCGGAGCUGAAAAUAGAAAACCGUUGUCUCACCUGGCUGCUUUCUGUUACAGGUCCCCUCCUGGCCGGCGUCCCUUCAUACACUCCUUUGAUUUAACACUCACACUGUAACCUCACGUCAGGACUUUCGUUCAACUCAGGGCAACCUCAGUGUUAUCAAACACACCCUCCUGCUACCAUUCCACCAGACACCUUUACCUCACUUGCAGCAUCAUGCUCAGCCAGGAGUUCCUUCAGAAGCUGAGGCUGCCAGACAUGGAGAAUGUCAGCGAGUACGUCAAGAGUAUGUCCACCCCUGUGUUGGUCAGCAUGGGGGCAGUGGCUGCUGCAACGACCUACUAUCUGGCAACACGACCCAAGGCCCUACCACCAGUCUGCGACCUCCACAUGCAGUCAGUGGAGGUUCCGGGAGGAGAUUUGGCUCGUCAGUCAACUCUACAGAAUGGAGAGGGCCACUUGACACACAUCUAUGAUGACGCCAGAACAACGUAUGAGCUCUUCCUCAGAGGCGCCCGAGUCUCCAAUAAUGGUCCCUGUCUGGGCUCCAGGAAACCAAAGCAGCCCUAUGAAUGGAUAUCCUACAGAGAAGUGAGGGAGCGAGCAGAGAAUCUGGGUUCUGCAUUUCUUCACAAAGGACACUCCAAGACCACCGACCCUCAUAUUGGCAUUUUCUCUCAGAACAGACCUGAGUGGACCAUCACUGAGCUGGCAUGUUACACCUACUCUCUGGUAUCAGUUCCGCUGUAUGACACACUGGGAACUGAGGCCAUUGCUUACAUCAUAGACAAAGCUUCCAUUUCAACAAUCGUGUGCGAUGUGACGGACAAAGUCAAUCUGGUGCUGGACUGCGUUAAGGACAUCAAACACUCAGUGAAAACCGUUGUUCUGAUGGAGAGCCCCAGUGCUGACCUGGUAGAAAGGGGGCAACAGACUGGAAUCCACAUCCUCAGCCUGGAGGAGAUGGAGGCCAUUGGGAAGGCCAACCAUCGCCAGCCGAUGCCUCCACGACCUGAGGACAUGGCAGUCAUCUGCUUCACAAGUGGAACAACAGGAAACCCAAAGGGAGCUAUGUUGACACAUGGGAAUAUUGUGUCCAACUGUUCAGCCUGCAUCAAAAUAACAGAGAUUUUCUGUCCACUAGGUCCCAGUGACAUCCAUAUUUCCUACCUGCCUCUGGCUCAUAUGUUUGAGAGAGUAAUGCAGGGAGUGAUGUUAGUUCAGGGAGCCAGGAUCGGCUUUUUCCAGGGAGAUAUUCGUCGACUGUCAGAUGACCUCAGGACAUUGAAACCUACUAUGUUCCCUGUGGUUCCACGACUCCUGAACAAAAUGUAUGAUAAGAUCUUUGGGCAGGCUAACACCUCUGUGAAGCGCUGGCUGCUGGGAUUUGCCUACAGGAGGAAGCAAGCAGAGGUGAUGAAAGGCAUUAUAAGAAGAGACAGUAUCUGGGAUCGACUCAUCUUUAAUAAGGUCCAGGCCAGCCUUGGAGGUCGCGUACGUCUCAUGCUAACUGGAGCUGCUCCCAUCUCUCCAACUGUUCUCACCUUCCUCAGAGCUGCAGUAGGCUGUCAGUUCUAUGAAGGCUAUGGACAAACAGAGUGCACUGCUGGAUGCACAAUGACCAUGCCUGGAGACUGGAGUGCAGGUCACGUUGGACCUCCUUUGCCCUGUAACUCAGUUAAACUGGUGGAUGUGCCUGAGAUGAACUAUCUGGCUGUAAAUGGGGAGGGAGAGGUGUGUGUGAAGGGCACAAACGUGUUCCAGGGCUACUUAAAGGACCCAGAAAAGACAGCAGAGGCAAUUGAUGCAGAUGGAUGGGUUCACACUGGAGACAUUGGGAAAUGGCUUCCAAAUGGCACCCUGAAGAUUGUGGACAGGAAGAAGCAUAUCUUUAAGCUAGCUCAGGGGGAGUACAUUGCUCCUGAGAAGAUAGAGAACGUCUACAUGAGGAGUGAUGCAGUGGCACAAGUCUUUGUGCAUGGAGACAGUCUACAGGCGUGUCUGGUAGCGGUGGUGGUUCCUGACCCUGACUUCCUGUCUGACUGGACCAAGAGGACGCUGGGAGUGCAGGGCAGCUACCAGGAACUCUGUAGCAGAGCGGAAGUCAAGGCAGCCAUCUUGGAGGACAUGCUGCGGCUGGGCAGAGAAGGAGGUCUCAAGUCCUUUGAGCAGGUGAAGGCCAUCUGCAUCCACACCGAGCAGUUCUCCAUCGAGAACGGUCUGCUCACUCCAACUAUGAAGGCCAAGAGGAAUGAAAUGCGCCAGUACUUCAGAUCCCAGAUAGACGAGCUGUACGCUGGGAUCAAAAUGUAGAAAGCAGGGGGGGGAGCAAAGUGAAAGAACAGACAAAAGCUCUACCAAAGGUGUUCUUAGGCAAAGAAAAAAAACAGCAGAGAGGGGAGUACAAGCUAAAGCACACAAUAGGAAGCAAAUGAAGGAGGUCAUCUCAGAGCAUCAAACUGCAGUUUUCAUGACCAGCCAUAGCAGGAAUAGGAGAUGAUGUAGCUUUUAAUAGAUUCAAAGAGUUUAAAACAAAACCAGCAGGAUCUGUGGUAGAGAAUACAAAACAUCUACAUUGAUUCCUGUGCUGUCUACAGCACAGUUUAGGAGCAUUUGUGAACUGUAGUAAGCUACUUUGUGGACGUUUUAAAGGGAAAUAGUGCUCUGUAGCAUCAGGACUUCAAGGACCACACACAUAUGCACAAACUUUCUAACUUAAAGGAUAAAAAGGGAACACAGCGGCCACUGAAGCAGCUUUACUGAGGCUCACAUGGGGAUUAAGAGCCAUACUGAUUCGCUUUAUAACCCAAACAGUCUCGCACAGAGUAAACUCAGCGUCUUUGAUGAGAUUCUUUCAUCUGAUGUCAUGAUUUUAUUUUCCAGUGCAUUUUUAAUUUGUUAAAGGGGAUAGCUGGAUAGUCUCUGUUGGAUCAUUUUUAUGAAUAAGCUGAAUUAAUAUUAAUAGCCAUGAGAAUCAACAGAGUGAUUUCCAAGAUAAUCCAGACAAUGCUAUCAGGGAAUUCAGAUAUUAAAGUAUGGUCAGGACAUAGGGAAACUAUUUUAAUGCUUUUAAUUUAUUUAUGAUAGUAACAGGAAGGGAAGUGAGUUGUUUAUGGAACUAAAUUUCUAAAAUUGUCAUAAUUUUUGUAAUUAAGUUGUUCACAACUUGAAAUAAACCCUCUUGAAUGUUAAUUGUUUUAAUACCGUGAAGGUACUUUUGACUGUGGUCUUGUUAUGAAUGUUUUAAUGUCUUCUCAUGUUGUUUUGUAAAGAUAUUAAUUAAAAACAUCAAGAAAACUG